CUGAUCAAUUUCAAACUGGGCGGCGGGUAGUUGAGGCCUCGACAGAAAGAAAAAUAAAACACACCCAGACAACGAAGGUUCAUUGUCGAGAAUUCAACCAAAGGUGCAGUGAAAAUGACGAGCACGCUGAAAGGCAUCACUCUGAAAGGAAGCGCGGAGCUUGUGGCCGAGUUCUUCUCAUUCGGCAUUAACAGCAUCCUGUACCAGCGAGGCAUCUAUCCCCCGGAGACUUUCACCAGGAUCACCCACUACGACAUGAGCCUGCAGCUCACCACUGAUCCCAAACUGAAAAACUACCUUACCAAUGUGGUGUCGCAGCUCAAAGAGUGGCUGUUUGAGUGCACGGUGCAGAAGCUGGUGUUGGUGAUUACGUGUCUGGAAACCAGCGAGGUGCUGGAGAGAUGGCAGUUUGACAUUGAGUGUGACAAGUCGGCCAAGGAGAGCAGUGCUCCCAGAGAGAAGUCCAUUAAGACCAUUCAGGAUGAGAUCCGCUCUGUCAUCAGACAGAUAACAGCCACCAUUACUUUCCUGCCGCUACUGGAGACGCCAUGUGCGUUUGACCUCCUGGUCUACACAGACAAAGACCUGUUGGUUCCAGACAAGUGGGAGGAGUCAGGGCCUAACAUCAUCAACCAAUCAGAGGAAGUGCGCUUACGUUCCUUCACCACCUCCAUCCACAAGGUGAACAGCAUGGUGGCCUACAAGAGGACGGACUCCGUCUAAAUGUUGCCAUGAGCUGUGGAAAGCACCAACCACUGCCCUUUAUAGAAAACAAUAGAUUUUUUACACUGCCCUGUCCUACCUCAUUGUCUGCGACUCUUUCCAAUAUUCUGCACACUGUUUUCUCCUGCUUUGCCACUCAGAACUUCGUCUCGUUUGUGUUUUUGAGAAGGAUGUGUAAGACGAGCUUCUCUGUCCACACUCAUGUAAAUAUUUCUCCAUAAGCAGUGGUUUGUCUGUUGUCUUUAAUGUUGUUUCCCCUUUCCUUUCAAGUUUCCAAGCUCUCUUUUAGAAGCUAGUGCUUUAUAUGUUUCACUUUUAAAAACUGUUAAAAAUAUCAAAUAAAUAUAAUUUGGCUCUAUCA